AUGGAUAUAAAGCAACCUCCAGCUCCAGCCUCGCUGCCACCCCGGGAACUGGAUGUCAUCACUCCUUUCCACGAGCCGCAAGAUGUACCAAUUGACGAUAGCAACUCGGGUAUCUCUGGGCAGGGCGGGUCUAUGUCACAGGUCAGAAGGAGGAGCAGGUUUCGAAUCACCAUGAUCCUCAUUGCGCUGUAUCUGUCUCUCUUUAUCGCCGCCCUCGAUUCCACCAUUGUGUCCACUGCGGUGCCCAAAAUUACCGCCGAUCUUCAUUCAGCAGCAGGCUACAUCUGGGUUGGUGGAUCCUAUCUGAUCGCCAAUGCUGCUGCAGCUCCGAUUUGGGUCAAAUUGUCCGACAUCUGGGGGCGGAAGCCGAUUUUACUCGCGGCGGUCGUUGUCUUCUUCGCCAGCUCCAUCGUCUGUGCUGCCGCCGUUGAUAUGCAGAUGCUCAUCGUUGGUCGCAGCAUACAGGGUGCUGCCGCUGGUGGCCUGAUUUGUAUGGUCAACGUCGCCAUCUCUGAUCUGUUCAGUGUGAGAGAAAGAAGCCUGUGGCUGGGCUUGUGUGAAGGCAUUUGGGCUCUUAGCGGAGCUGUCGGUCCUCUUCUCGGCGGUGCCUUUGCUCAAGAAGUAACAUGGCGGUGGUGUUUCUAUUGCAAUCUACCGAUCGCAGGUACUGCCUUUGUGCUUCUUGUCCCUUUCCUGGACGUUCACAACCCACGCACUUCGGUGAUGGAUGGUGUUAAGGCCAUCGAUUGGUUUGGCUCUAUUUCCAUCCUGGGAGUAACCGUCAUGUUACUCCUGGGCCUUGACCUGGGUGGAUCGGUCUAUCCCUGGGGUUCCGCAAAAGUCGUCUGUUUGAUGGUCUUCGGUGCUCUGAUGGUUAUCAUCUUCAUUUACAGCGAGAAGAAGCUGGCGAAGUAUCCCGUGAUACCGCUGUCACUUUUCGGGACAAGGAACCUUGCCACACUAAUGACGACAUUUUUCCACGGCAUGGUCUUCAUUUCCGCAGAAUAUUAUCUGCCCCUUUACUUUCAAAGUGUUAAGGAAGCUUCGCCACUUCGUUCGGGUGUACUUCUGGUACCGUUGAUCGUGGCCACCGCCGGAACCGGUGUCAUAAACGGCGUCAUCAUACACCGAACAGGCCAAUAUAGGCCUUCGAUGUGGCUGGGCACAAUCCUGAUGACUUUGGGAACUGGCCUCUACAUCAUGCUGGACGUUGACACCUCCAUUGGCACCAUUGUCGGCCUCGAGAUCGUCGAAGGGAUCGGCUCGGGGCUUCUCUUCGAGCCACCUCUGAUCGCCAUCCAGCAGGAUGUUGCCCAAGACGAGGUAGGCACAGCCACAUCGACGCAAAGCUUCAUGAGGAGCCUGGCUCUGUCAUUGGGGGUCAUUGUUGGUGGCAUCGUCUUCCAGCAAAGCAUGGACCUUCGCAGAUCAUCUCUAAUUGAAGCUGGCUUGCCACCUUCGCUUGUGGAGCAGUUUUCCGGGAAAAAUGCCGGUGCAAAUGUCAUGCUUGGCCACACGCUACCUCCGGCUCAAAAACUUGCCGUUAAGCAAGCCUUUGCAUGGAGCAUCCGGAACAUGUUCAUCAUGUUCACCGCCCUAGGUGCUCUGGGGAUCUUUGCGAGCCUGUUCAUCAGCCACAAGAAGCUCUCGAAAGAGCACGAAGAGACCGUCACCGGCCUGAAAAAGGAUGAUCCAUCGCCAUAA